CCCGUUGCGCCUGCGCGGUACGGCGGCGCGGCGCCAUGUUGCGGGAGUGGGUAGGGGGCAGGCGGUGAGCACUCCGGUGUUGGGUUCCCUCACCCUCUCCUUCAUCCUCCCCGGCCCGGGCGGCCGCGGCCGAUCGGGACCUCCCCCGGCACUAUGAGCGGCGGUGGAGGUGGCGGGCGGGUGUGCGACCUGUCCCGGCGCAACCCCCAGGAGGACUUCGAGCUCAUCCAGCGCAUCGGCAGCGGCACCUACGGCGACGUCUACAAGGCUAGAAACGUCAACACGGGUGAGCUAGCAGCAAUCAAAGUAAUAAAACUAGAACCAGGAGAAGAUUUUGCUGUUGUGCAGCAGGAAAUCAUUAUGAUGAAAGACUGUAAACAUCCAAACAUUGUUGCUUAUUUUGGCAGCUAUCUCAGACGAGACAAGCUAUGGAUUUGUAUGGAGUUUUGUGGAGGUGGCUCUCUACAGGAUAUUUAUCAUGUGACUGGACCACUUUCAGAACACCAGAUUGCCUAUGUUAGCAGAGAAACACUACAGGGACUAUAUUAUCUUCACAGUAAAGGAAAAAUGCACAGAGAUAUAAAGGGAGCAAACAUUCUUUUAACGGAUAAUGGACAUGUGAAAUUAGCUGAUUUUGGAGUAUCUGCACAGAUAACGGCUACAAUUGCCAAAAGGAAAUCAUUCAUUGGCACCCCAUAUUGGAUGGCACCAGAAGUUGCUGCAGUAGAAAGAAAAGGUGGCUAUAACCAGCUCUGUGAUCUGUGGGCAGUUGGAAUAACUGCUAUAGAGCUUGCUGAACUUCAGCCUCCAAUGUUUGACCUGCAUCCAAUGAGAGCACUUUUUCUAAUGACAAAAAGCAACUUCCAACCUCCUAAAUUAAAGGACAAAAUGAAAUGGUCAAACAGUUUCCAUCAUUUUGUGAAAAUGGCACUUACAAAAAAUCCUAAAAAAAGACCUACAGCUGAAAAAUUACUACAGCAUCCUUUUGUUACCCAGCCAUUAAAUCGGAGUCUUGCUAUUGAACUUUUGGAUAAAAUGAAUAAUCCUGAUCAUUCCACUUACCAUGAUUUUGAUGAUGAUGAUCCUGAGCCUCUUGAAGUGCCUCAUAGAAUUCAUUCAACAAGUAGAAAUGUGAGAGAAGAAAAGACACGCUCUGAAAUAAACUUUGGUCAAGUAAAAUUUGAUCCACCUUUGAGGAAAGAGACAGAGCCACAUCAUGAAUUUCCUGACAGUAGCGAUUUUUUGGACAAUUCAGAAGAAAUAUACUACACUGCAAGAUCUAACCUGGAUCUACAGCUAGAAUAUGGUCAUGGUCCUCAGUGUGGCUACUUCUUGGGUGCAAAUAAGAGUCUCUUAAAAUCAGUUGAAGAAGAACUGCAUCAGCGGGGACAUGUGGCACAUUUAGAAGAUGAUGAUGAUGCGGACGAUGAUGCCAAACAGUACUCUUGCCCUACAGAGAGGGCCUGGCGAUUUCCUAUAAGCGCAGGAAUUAGCCUUGAAUGCCUCAGCCUUGGAUCAGACAGUGCUACUAUGAAACCUAAAGUGCCACCUCCUUUACCACCAAAGCCUAAAUCCAUCUUUAUGCCCCAAGAAACUCCUUCUUCUGAAAAUGAUAAUCAAGGGACAAUCAAGAGAUGCCCAGCAUCAGAGAGUCCAGCAAAAUCUGCAUCUCAGGUUCCACCCAGACCACCACCUCCUCGGUUACCUCCACAGAAAUGUAAUGCUUUAGGUAAUGGAGUCACUUCUGUACAAUUAAAUGGUGAAAGAGAGGGCUCACCACAUCAGCAGAAUGAAGCUAGAGACACUAAUUUUUCAAGGAAAGAAAAGAAGGAAAUACUGAAACCAAUUAGUAAUGGCCUUCCUCCCACACCUAAAGUACACAUGGGUGCUUGCUUUUCAAAAGUUUUCAAUGGUUGUCCAUUAAAAAUUCAUUGUGCAACAUCAUGGAUAAAUCCAGAUACAAGAGAUCAGUACUUGAUAUUUGGUGCAGAGGAAGGUAUUUAUACACUGAACCUCAAUGAACUUCAUGAAACAUCGAUGGAGCAGCUAUUUCCUCGAAGGUGUACGUGGCUAUAUGUCAUGAACAAUUGCUUGUUAUCAAUAUCUGGUAAAGCUUCUCAGCUUUAUUCCCAUAAUCUACCAGGACUCUUCGAUUAUGCAAGGCAAAUGCAAAAGUUACCUGUUGCUAUUCCAGCACAUAAACUCCCUGACCGAAUACUUCCCAGAAAGUUUGCAGUGUCUACAAAAAUUCCUGACACUAAAUGGUGUCAGAAGUGCUGUGUUGUGAGGAAUCCCUACACGGGUCAUAAGUACCUUUGUGGAGCACUACAGUCUAGCAUUGUUUUGUUAGAAUGGGUUGAACCAAUGCAAAAAUUUAUGCUAAUCAAGCACAUAGAUUUUCCUGUACCUUGUCCGCUGAGAUUGUUUGAAAUGCUGGUAGUCCCUGAGCAGGAAUUCCCUUUAGUUUGUGUCGGUGUCAGUAGAGGAAGAGACUUCAACCAGGUGGUGAAGUUUGAGACUGUCAACCCAAAUUCUACCUCUUCAUGGUUUACAGAAACAGACACUACAGAGACAAGUGUUGUACAUGUAACACAGCUGGAGAGAGAUACCAUUUUGGUGUGUUUGGAUUGCUGCAUAAAAAUUGUGAAUCUGCAAGGCAGGUUAAAAUCCAGCCGCAAACUGUCAUCGGAGCUCACAUUUGACUUUCAGAUUGAAUCAAUAGUCUGUUUACAAGACAGCGUGUUAGCGUUCUGGAAACACGGCAUGCAAGGAAGGAGCUUUAGAUCAAAUGAGAUCACACAAGAAAUUUCUGAUAACACAAGGAUAUUCAGGCUUCUGGGAUCUGACAGGGUCGUGGUGUUGGAGAGCAGGCCGACAGAUAACCCAACAGCCAACAGCAACUUAUAUAUCCUGGCAGGGCAUGAGAACAGUUACUGAGAAGAACGGAUGGCAGGCAGCUCAUCUGACCAGAGAACACUCCUGCUCCAGCAGCAUGCACAGCUGGCUGAAAUUGCACAAAAGCUGCAGUAACCCAACUUCAGUUACUUUAUAAUUUAUUGUGGCAUGAGAGGAAGAUGAGAAUUGUUUGUGGUAUAGACACAUAAGCAUUAUGAUACCACAGAAGUGCUUCAUUUACUGUUAUGUAAUCUUUGUACAUAUGCAGUAUUUUUCAGUGAAACUUCUUGCUGAAGACCUACACUGACUUUCUGUAGAUAGCGAUCCUCCUGUGAAGUACAAGAGUCUUACCUGUACAGAUGUAAAAGUCACUGAGGAUGCAAAAAAGAAAUCCGGGUACUAUUUUAAGGACUUCUCAUGUGUUUAUUAUAAAGUGGGAUGCUAGCAACAAAUAUAGUACAUUUAACUAUGCUAUUGUAUUUUAUUAUAUGUAAUUUACUAAUACAAGUAAAUCUUAACUUUUAGAAAUUGUAACCAAGGCUGUAAUCGGAUUACAAUCUUGUUUUAAUUUUGAUGCAACACACUGGUGUUCAUGUUUGCACAACGCAUUGAGAUGUGAUGUAUUUAGUCACAAAAGUAAGCUGUGACUUUGUGGUUAUGACUUGGGCUUCGAAGUUCUUUUUUUUUUUUAGUUUACUUGGGUAGUUUUCAUUGUGAAACAAACCAGUUAAACACCUGUAUUUUUAUAUUUAAUUAAAACUGUCCUUACAAUUACUUCUCUAUGCCUAAAACAAUACCUUCUGGAUGGGUGUCAGUCCAAGACUAGUGGUACCUGGCUGUAACACUCAAUAGGUGUUUGAAUUAUUAGUGUAUGCAGUAAUAAAAAUGAGUAUUACUGUUCAUGUUACUACAUAGUUUCACAUCACAAUGAAAAGGAGCAACAUUCCACGUUGUGGAAAUGGCUCAGAUAUGUUGUCAUUUGACUUUUUUUGGCCUUAUAACCAUUUUCACACUUUUCUUGAUUUUAGGAUGUUAACACAUGGCCAAAAUGAUUUAGUUACUACCUCAUUCAAACAAUACAAUGGUUACUACACAUCACAGGAGCUUAGUUUUGAUCAGAAGUAUUUUUGAUUGCUGUUUUCCAAUGGAGUAUGUAAAUGCCAAGUUUUAGCAAAAUGCACACGUUUGACUCCUUUUUUGUAUAUGUUCUUUAUAUUUUAUUGUGAUAAUAUACACUAAAACCAAACUAAAUUUAAAGUGAUUUAUGGCCUGCAUUAUUGUUGUGAUUGGUAAUGCUUUGAAAUUUGUUCUCUAAUGUAUAUAAUGUAAAAUAAACUUUUUUAACAUGUUGUUGUACAA